AAAGCGCGAGUCGCGAAACAGGCCUCCAGCAGUCGAGUGGUAUACUUCAGAAACAGAAUGACAACAGCUGUGACGGCGGCGCCGCAGGACAGCGCGGGCUUCUGGAAGACGCGCUACACCAUCCUGCUGCUGAACUUGUCGGGUCUGGCCAUCAGCUACGCAACGCGCGUCAACAUCUCGGUGGCCAUCGUCAACAUGGUCAAUGGGACGGCGUUGCAGGAGAGAGACGCCACUGGAGGUACGCAGCUGAUCCGUGACCCAGACUCCUGCCCAGGCGAGCUGGUGCUCAAUGGUCCGGACGGACACAAGGAUGGGGAAUUUAUGUGGGACAAGCAGAUGCAAGGAGAGAUCCUCGCAGGAUUCUACUACGGUUUUACGGUUGGCCACAUACCGGGAGGCGUACUCGCCGAUCGACUCGGUGGCAAGGCCGUCAUGUUGUUCGGCAUGCUCGUCUCAUCCCUCCUGACAGCCCUGACACCGCUGUCUGCGUGGGCUGGCUACUACGUACUGUUCACCAACAGGGUCCUCCAGGGACUGGCUCAGGGUGGCAUAAUACCAGCUAUACAGACGAUUGUUUGCAGAUGGGCACCAGAUCACGAAAGGAGCUUGUUUUCCAUUAUUUUUCUCGGGAUAUUUAUUGGAACCCUCGUAUCCAUGGCGGUGACGGGCGUCCUGUGCGAGACCAUCGGUGGCUGGCCGCUUUCCUUCUACGUUUUCGGAGGCGUCGGACUGCUGUGGUGCGUGCCUUGGUUCUUCCAGGCUGCAGAUUCGCCGUCGCAGCACCCGUACAUCGACCCAGCCGAACGCAACUACAUCAAGGCUACGAUACGGUCAGCUGCUAAGAAGAACCUGCCUGUGCCGUGGAAGAGCAUUAUGUCAUCGCCGGCUGUCUGGGCUCUCGUCGCUAUCAUGGUUACUUUCGACUGGAUCUUCUAUCUGCUCAUCACGUCGCUGCCGCAGUAUAUCGCUCAAGUCUUGCACUUCGAUAUCCGCAGCAAUGGGAUCAUAUCAGCCAUUCCUCACAUCACUGGUGGCGUUGGCAGUUUGGCAUUUGUGUGGCUUACUGACUUCCUGCUCCGGAAAGAAUGCAUGUCCAAAAUGUGCAGUUUCCGCCUAGUAAAUGGGUUCGGUACUCUGGUGCCUGCCGCUACAAUGAUCAUCGUAGCGCUGGUGGGUUGCGACAGCACCGUCAUCAUUGCGAUGUUGGCGCUCAGUGGCUUCUGCACCGCCACCGACUUUACGAGCUCCUACCUCAACAUGCAGGCAAUCGCCCCCAACUACGCAGGCACCAUCGUCGGCAUCGUCAACAUGUACGGCAAUCUGACGGGCAUCGCAGUCCCUUACAUCGUCGGUAUAUUCACCAGCACAAACGAUGGCGUUCGGUUCUCCCACAUGGGCAUUGUGGCUUCGGCGGGUUGCGAGCGCAACAGGGAUCUUUUGGAGGUGAAGAUGGCUGCAGUAAGACAGACGGCGUUUAUUGUUGCAGCGAGCUAUGCCUGA